AUGGUCCAAUCUUGCAAACAUCCAUACAAAACUUUAAUGAAUAAUGUUCUAUUACUAGAACAAUUUCAUCAUCUUUGCUUUGUGCCAACUAUAUAUACGCAGAUUUCUCCCUCACCACCUAAAAAAUAUUAUUCACAACAAGUUAUUUGGAUUGAAGAUGGUGGAGAAGAACUAUGGGCACCUAGCUUAAAUUAUACUUUGAAUGAUAACGAAUUUGUAGCAUUAUCAAAUUUUUAUCAGGCUAAUUUAAAUAAACUAAUUACUGAGUUACCUGAUUGGGGAGUAAAAUAUUCAAAAUUACGGACAAAAGAAGGAUAUAAUCCUUAUUAUAUUCCUCAUCAUAAUCUGUACGAGGAUUUCAAAAAAAAUUAUGCCGUGGCUGCGUUUAACCUAAGAACUUCUAUAAUGGCACUUAAGCAAGAUUUAAAUCCUUUCGAAACAUCUAAAUAUGGAGGCUCAAUCAGUGACAUCGUUAAUUCUACUGAUAGUGUGGAAGAGGUUACAAUGAAAUUCUUAUUAGAUCAUUACAGAAAUUCAAACAAAGAUGAUAACCCUAAAACUACGUCACCUGCAUAUUAUCCUUUGCCAACUGAAAUCAAAUCUCGACCAACUGAAAUGACUUCUAAAACUAUAUACUAUACUCCAGUCAAUUGA